GCUGCUGCACUCCAGCCUGCAGUUUCCUCCACGGCUCUGGAUUGGUCCAAAGAGGGACAGAGGGCUGGAAAAGAACCUCUAUAUAUUUCUCAGGCAGUUUUGAAGUUUCCAGAGACUCAUUCUGCCGUUAAGAAGUUUUGCUCAAAGCUGAGGAGCUAAGCCACUUGCCAAAAUGUGCAAAGGACUUGCAGCUUUGCCCCACUCAUGCCUGGAAAGGGCCAAGGAGAUUAAGAUUAAGUUGGGAAUUCUCCUGCAGAAGCCAGACUCGGCCACGGACCUUGUCAUCCCUUACAAUGAGAAGCCGGAGAAGCCAGCCAAGCCGCAGAGACCCUUGCCGGAGGAGGCCCUGCAGUGGCGUGAUUCUCUGGACAAGCUCCUGCAGAACAAUUAUGGACUUGCCAGUUUCAAAAGUUUCCUGAAGUCCGAAUUCAGUGAGGAAAACCUUGAGUUCUGGAUUGCUUGUGAGGAGUACAAGAAGAUCAAGUCCCCUGCCAAGAUGGCAGAGAAGGCAAAACAGAUUUAUGAGGAAUUCAUCCAAACGGAGGCCCCUAAAGAGGUGAAUAUUGACCACUUCACUAAGGACAUCACAAUGAAGAACCUGGUGGAGCCUUCCCUGAGCAGCUUCGAUGUGGCCCAGAAGAGAAUCCAUGCUCUGAUGGAGAAAGAUUCCCUGCCUCGCUUCGUGCGCUCUGAAUUUUAUCUGGAGUUAAUCAAGUAGUAAUUUGGUCAGGCUAUGAAAGGCACUCAGUGAGUUUCUUCCUCCAUAAUAACCCUGUGUUUUCCAGUAACCUACAUAUCUUCCCAUAGCAGCUUUGCUCAGAUACCCAAACAGGAAAAUUCCCAAGGAAUGUUGCCCAUUCUUUUGCCAACCUUGUCUUGGAAGCUUACACAGGGUCCAAAUUCCUUCCUCUUCCUUCCUUUCUCCUUCCUGCCCCAUUGUUAAUUGGAUUCCACACACUUUUGUCAAACUCAAUCUGAAUCACAGAAAAACCAUGCUAAGGCAAAGAAAUAUUAUAUCUCUGGAUUUAGGAAAUAAAUCUCAAUUUACACUAAUCUGAAAAAGAAUACAGAUGUGAAAACAUCAGAUUCAAAGGGGCCUGAUUGAUCUCACUUGUUGUUUUACUUCUGACCAAGGGAGAUCAUCCCUCUAUUUUUAAAGAAGCCACUAUUUACUUUUUAAAGCAAAUUCAUUGUUUAAAAUACAAUCUUUCCCUUAGAGCAUCUUCAUGUUAGCUUGGAUAUUAUAAAUGAGAUACAAUCACAAAUUUAUUGUGUUGAUACAAAAUCAACUAAACACCAUUCAUAUUCAUUGUGUCUUUUUACCUCCUGCCCUUAUUCCCACAAGAAAGUUACCAAGUUGUUUUAAAUCAAUGAUCUAAGACCAACAAUGGACUACAUAACAAAUAUAUCUAUGGCCCUAGGGUAUAAGCCAAAGUUUUAAUUAUCAAGAUAUUUGAUAUCCUUGUGAACAUAAAACCCCCAGAUUUCUAACUCUGAUUAUAUAAAAUAAAAGUAUUCAUGGAGAUAUUCAAUAUCAGGAUUGCAUACUAAAAUGGAAAAAUACUGUCAAGGUUAAAAUGAUUAUUCCAUGAGUCCCUCUAUUAUUGUUUUUGUAAAUGACAAUUGCCUUCAAGAUGCAAAAUUACUUUUGGAAAAAUUAAUGUGGUUAUACGUAGAGGCUUUCUAAAUGAGACAAAAUUUUAAGGAAUUCUGCUUUUUGCAAUAUAAUAUGAUCUUUUGCAAUGCUAUGUUCCCUCACUAUUUUGCUUUAUGCAUUAGUAAAUUGUACCUAAAAUGAAAAGCACAGAUUUAUAUUCCUGACACACCUCAUGCACAACUAUGGAUAAGUCAUGGUAUUUCUAAUAGUUUUAAACUUUUAAUUCUGUGUUUCACUGUUAUAAGUCUUAGAAAAUUUUCCUUGUCUUUCGUACAUUUGAUUAAAGUAGUGAUUUACACAACUUAGCUAUACACAGAAUCAAACCGAACCAUGUAUGAAAGUAGUCAAUGUUAGGAUGUGGGGUUAUUGGAGGAGAAAGAGGAUAUUUUUAAAACAGUAUUAAUAAAAAUCCAAAACAUUUAAGUAGAAGACAACAUUGCUUAGUCUUGAAUUUCCUUCUUUUGUUUCCCUUUUUAAUUCACAUGCUCCUGGUUUUCCACAUGUAUAGCUCAUUUAUUUAGCCAUUUCCUAGGAAUAUCAGCAGCAAAGCAGCCAUGUUGCUCUUCUUUGGGCAUGUGCUGAUUUUGCCCAUUUUUGUGAUUUCAAAGGAUAAUGCUCCCUUCCUGAAUACUCACCAUUUCACCUUCUGAAAGCAGAUUGAAAUGACUGUGUAUGCUGCCAGCAAUGGCAAGACAUCUGAAUUGACUCAGAUUUGUCACUAUUGCCUAUUUUAAAGAAGCUCCUUCAUCAAGCAGUCCACAGCUAGGCUCCAUCAAAAUUGUAAACGUGAAAACAUUCUCAUUGAAUGCGUUUGUGUUAGGUUGACAAGGAACUCAGAUAAAAACAAUGAAAACGCUCUGGGCAUCAUCUCCCUCAGCAUCUAUCUAUUGUGCCCAAAAUCAGUAAAAACAACAAAAAAGUGCCAGUUCUUGACUUCCUAAAGCAGUCGGAAAUGGUAGGAACUCUGGAAUCUAGGUGAUUCAUUUUUCUUUGAAUGCCAAAACAUUUUUCAAGAUUAAUUAAAAGUCAAAUACUUUGUUCACAUUAUUUGAAAUUCAUAGAUAUUUGAAAGUGUCCACAGAGGUAAGUAGAUACCACGUAUCUCCAGAUAGUUGAUUCUGCAAAGACUCCAGCUAGCUCUUCACAAAUUGACUGCACACCCUAAGUAAGUGAGUAGACUUGUCAGGGGAGGGUAACAAGAGCCUUCACCUUCACGUGAGCUGAAUCCAGGAGGUCAAUGGCAGGCAAGGGAAUUAUGAGAACAGUGCUGUGAAGGCUGCAAAAAGAAUGUAAGAAGCAAUGCCUUCCAGGGGGUGACAUUGUAUUAUCUAUCAUCUAUCAAUCAACCUAUCAUAUAUCAACCAAUCUAUCAUCUAUAUUGUCUAUCUAUCCCCUAUCAUCUAUAAUUUUAUAUUUGAAGUAUACAUAUCCUAUAAACUACUCAAACAAGAAAUUCUGAAAUCCAAAGAAAUGCAAACAUUCCAGCCCCCAAUAAGAAAGUAAAUAUAUUAAAAUUGUCCUAGAAAAUUUCUUUGAAAGUAUGUUGAAACUUAACAAAAAGAGAAAAGGAAAAAAACCUAAAUUGCUAGUAAUUUCUAGGUUAACACAAAGAAAAUAGCAUUUCUUUAAUUCUGGGAAAUCAGAAAAUGUGGGGUGAUCUUCCAGGAAAAAGUUUAUGAUGUCUAUUUAUUUAUCACUCCCUUCCCCUCUUCCCGCUUCAUCUCUUCUUUCCCUUGAGUAAAUGGCCUGGGAAAAUAUGAAACCUACUGUAAGAGCCCUGGGGUGCUUGCAUUUUCCUCCCUUGUGUAAAUGUAACUACAGUUGUAAGUGGACUUCGGAAGUAGAGGCGGUGAAACCAAACUGUGGUCAAUGAAAACAGGAGUUUAUGCUUCUCACUUAUGAGAGCUUAGCCCAAGGACUGACCCAUAACCUAAGAUUUUCUACCUGAGUUUAAUAUAGGUGGGACUGGGCUCAAGUGAAGAUUUAAAAUAGACCAGGACAAAGAGAGUAGCAACUCUAGAAUAAAUUAGCAAGUUUUGUCUCAUGUUCAUUUGUUAAAGCAGUGAUAAUCCAUGGGAACAGCUUUCCUGCACUCCCUUGCUCACUCACUUUCUUUCUCAUCCUCUCUCUCUCUCUCUCAAACACACACACACACACACACACACACACACACACAGAUAACUUCUUCCCAGAUGUCACUUUUUGAAAUGCAGAAUUGAGACUAUGCUUUCAAAUCAGUAGAGUCUAAUGUAUGGAAACAUUUUGUGUCCCCUUCCCUACACUCUGUUAUAUAAAUUAUGCUCUGAGUAGAUUUUAGCUUUUAAUGCAUAAAGGAAAGCACUUAAUAAAAAACACUAUUUUAUUUUUGGAAUCUACAAAGCUAUGCAUUUUACUUGGUUAGUGAGGUUUUUUUCUCCACUUUGUACAAAAUCCAUUUGAAUAUGACAAACCUAUGAAUUUUCCCCAAAGGAAUAUUAGGUAUCUAGAAGUUUCAAAACAAACGACCAUUCACAGAUCAGUGGAUAAAUUAAUAAGCAUUAUGUUCUAAUGCUUUGCAAAACCAUUUAUAUCAUCACAAAUUUGAUAGUUUGAGAUUCGUUGGAAAGGAUAGUUAGAGUUCAGGGACAUGAUUUUUACUCUUGAAACUGCUCCCAUUAGUAGGUCACUUCCCCUGUUGUUUGGGAAGUUGGCAGGGUUGGGAGAAAGUGGGUCAUGAGAAAGAAGAGAAAGGAGAGAAGUGGUGAGGGAGCAAGUACUCAGACCUGUGAAAUUAAUCCACUUGCUAGGGGAGCAGCUCAGCCUGGUUGGAAAUCACACUUCUUUGUGCUGUCGUCUUCCAGACUUGCAAAGUAUCUCUUGACUCACAAUGUGGCUAAAUGAAAAAUUUUGUGUUAGUGUCCUGGAGAGUCUUGGCUAGAGAAAAGAAAGAACUGGGGGAAGGGGAUCUUCUUUCUCCCACUUGGAUUGCAUGUGCCAGGAAGCAGAGAGAACACUCACCCAUCCAAACCCAAGGGCUAGGCAACUCUAUGUGGGUUUCGGACAUAAAGUCUUAGUACAUCUCAACGGAAUGACUUGUAGAUCUCUCUGGAUUUCUGAAUACUGUAUUACACAAACAUGUUUUUUUUUUUUUAUUUGCUUGGUGAAAGGCUCUUCAGUUAACAAUUUAGCAUCUGUUUCUUGUGUUAAACACACAUUUCACCAGACCAAAAUUUAUCCAAAAAGAAUUUCCCCAGGAUCAGUUAACCAUCCUAGAAAUGAGAAGACCAAUCCUUCCAACUGAGGAGGUAUGCAUAGCUUUAAAUAGAAAUGCAUAGCAGAGUGAUAGAUAAAAUUGUUUAGGCUAUUAUCCUCAAAUCACAGUUUAAUAAUAAUCUUAUUUUUCUAGUAGAGUAGCUACAAAUCAACCUCUUAACAUUCAUAUCUAGCUUAAUAAGCCUUGCCGAGUUACUUACUCUCUUACCUGAGAUGUUUUUCCUUCCAUCUCACCUCUCUACCUCUCUUCCUCUUCUCUGCAGUAGGGAGUAUUUACAAUAGAUGAGUCUAAAUAUCAUUUUAAUUACAAUAUUCUCUAUAUAGCUUGAAUUAUAAUUGCAAUAAGCACAUUAAAAACAUUUGCUUCUUAUGUAGGAAAAUGUAGAGGUUAAGGCAUCAAAAUUAAAAAAGAGAAAUGCUGAGAAAUUUGCCAGUGGAGACUGUGAUCGAAGUAACUCUUGCCAGAAGUUCUUUUUAUGCUAUGCAGUACCAGAACUUGGGGAAACUUCUUGUUUUUUGCUAUAUAGUAUCAGAAUUUGGGAAACAACUUGUAAUUUGCUAUCAGAAGACAGCAAGGAGAAAUGAAAGGUCUAUGGAUACAUUUGCCAGCAUUUAUUUCAUAAUUUUAAAUUAGAGAUAACUAUAUUCCUCUUCUGAUUUUUUGUAUUCAAUACAUUUGUACUAUGCAACUCAUGCUUUGUGAUAAAUAAAGCACCAAAUAUGUAUCUACAACCAUGAUCACACAUGUUGUAUUAAAUAUAAAUCUGUAUCACUA